UUUAGACGCUGUUCCCCGUGUAUUUGUGCGCUACAAUUAAGCUUGUGUGGUGAAAACGCCCGGGUAGAGUUAAUUUAAAAAAAACAAGCGCGCCCUAUACGUGUCCUGUGAGGGAAGUGGAGUGUAUUCCGUGCGUGGUUGUUUGGUCCUCCCUCACUGAUCCGCCUACAACACGCCCUGUGCUCGUCAUAAAUAUCGAUCAAGGCGCCAACCUCUUUUCUUCCUCUGCGAGAAGACCAUGGAGACAGAAAUUGAUCAGCAAGAAGAAGAUACUUCAUUCAGCAACACAGAAACUAAUGGUAAGCGUCCUGCUGAGGAUGCAGAUGAGCAGAAAUCAUUCAAGCGCUCCAGGAACUCAGAUGAGAUGGUCGAACUUCGCGUUCUCCUGCAGAGCAAAAAUGCAGGAGCUGUAAUUGGGAAGGGUGGCAAAAACAUCAAAGCUCUUCGUUCAGAUUACAAUGCCAGUGUGUCAGUCCCAGACAGCAGUGGGCCUGAGCGAAUUCUGAGCAUCAGCGCGGAUAUUGAGACUGUUGGAGAAAUCCUGCUGAAGAUUAUCCCAACAUUAGAAGAGUACCAGCAAUAUAAUGGCAUGGAUUUUGACUGUGAGCUGCGUUUGCUGAUCCACCAGAGCCUGGCAGGCUCGAUCAUCGGGGUGAAAGGAGCAAAGAUCAAAGAGCUCCGUGAGAACACAAAGACCAGUAUCAAGCUGUUUCAGGAGUGUUGUCCCCAGUCGACAGACCGUGUGGUGCUGGUUGGUGGUAAAACGGAGAGGGUGGUGGAGUGUAUCAAAACUAUGCUGGAGCUCAUCGCUGAAGCUCCAAUAAAAGGCCGUACACAGCCCUAUGACCCCAAUUUCUAUGAUGAAACGUAUGAAUAUGGUGGUUUUACCAUAAUGUUUGAAGAUAGGGGGGGUGGACGGAGACUCAUGGGAGGCUUCCCUGUGCGAGGAAGCAGAUCCGGUGGUGGAGACCGUGGGUAUGACCGAAUGUCUUCCAGCAGAGGAGUGCGGGGACCAAUGCCUCCUCGCCGCGACUAUGAUGAAAUGAGUCCCCGGAGGGGGCCUCCUCCACCUCACCACCCUAGUAGGGUUGGGAGGGGCAGUGGCCGCCCACGCAGCUUGCCCUUGGGACACCCACAUAGAGGAAGAGAUGAUCGUUACUAUGACUCGUACCGUGGCUCAGAUGAAAGGUCAAAUGACAGAAGAGGCAGACCUGAUCGCUAUAGUGACAAUAUGAGUGGUGGAUAUGACAACAGUUCCUCAUGGGAUAGCUACCCGUCAGGUGGACGUGGCUCUUAUAAUGACAUGGGUGGCCCUGUUAUCACCACUCAAGUGACGAUCCCUAAAGAUCUCGCUGGCUCUAUUAUUGGUAAGGGAGGCCAGAGGAUCAAACAGAUCCGUCAUGAGUCUGGGGCCUCCAUCAAGAUCGAUGAGCCUUUGGAAGGUUCUGAGGACCGAAUCAUAACCAUUACUGGUACCCAGGAUCAGAUCCAGAAUGCCCAGUAUCUUCUACAGAACAGUGUGAAGCAGUACUCUGGUCAUUUGCUGUAAACCCAGGAGGCACAGAUCAAACCAGACUGGGAUUGACUAUUCUGAAUUGUGGGUGGUUUUUUGUUUUUGUUUUGUUUGUUUUUUUUCUUAGGUUUAUUUUUGUAUUUUUUAAUGAAAUAAAUGUCCAACAUUCCUGUCCAUCAAGAAUAUGUAGGUGGUAUACAUUUUAAGAGUGUUGUCCAUUAGCUCAUCAGACUUUUUCUUUUUAUUUCUAACACUUGUACAUUGAAAUGAUUUUCGACUUCCCACAGACAAAAAUUACCAUGCUCUGUAUUUUUCGUGAUUUUUUUUUUUUUUUUCUUUUCUUUCCCCUUCUUAAUGUAAAUCUGUCGUGUGUGUGUGUGUGUGUGUGGUUUGUUUGCGUACAUGUCACUGUUAGUUGGCAUGCUGUCUUCACACACAGUUGUACCUUCCUACCACUCUGUAACAUGCAGAAUGCAAGAUGUCUUUUCUGUUUUGUGUCGGGGGGGUUUCACCUUUUUGUUUUAAAGCCCCUUACGGCUCUGGGUUACUUCCCUUGCAGAAUGGCUUUGCUAUGUUUAUGUUGGCAGUCGAGUAUAUACCAGAUGCAGAACAUUUAAUUUGUUUGAAUAUGGUAGUUGUAUGGGGAAAUACGCCAGAAUCAUUUGAGUUUUUUUUCACAAAUCUAAACAUUUUUCAUAACAUUUUAUUGGACAUUUAAAAAAAAAAGCGAUACUAAACAUUUUAUUUUGUUCUUUACCAUAUUCUAUUAAUGUUGGAGAUUUCACAUUGUCAUAUUGUAAGACAAAUAAAGAUGAUGCCACUUUUUA